AUGCCCGCCUUGAGCCAAGCCUCUCAAGGUUGUGGAGACGCAAAGGAUGCUGAUUUGACCUGGGUAUUUCCGCGCCGUUUUUACCACGAGAUAACACUAGGAGGAUCACACAACCAAUUCACUUUUACUGAAAGCUAUCAAAAACAGUGGCAUACCGCAAACUAUAAGGUAUUUUACGUGAUGACGGCAGAAAUAUCUAAACGGUUCGCCCUAGAAGGAGCUGAUGUUAUUGCCCCUUCUGAUAUGAUGGAUGGUCGUGUGAAAAAAAUCAAGACGGCUAUACAAAGUAUUGGUCUCAGUGGAAAGGUAGCCGUUAUGUCUUAUUCGGCCAAAUUUGCAUCUUGUUUGUACGGUCCUUUCAGAGAUGCUGCUCAAUCUGCACCUUCUUUUGGAGACCGUCGACAUUACCAGCUUCCUCCUGGUGCCAAGGGAUUGGCUCUACGUGCUGCUAUUCGCGAUGCAAACGAAGGAGCUGACUUCAUAAUGGUUAAACCUGGUCUUCCUUAUCUGGAUAUUGUAAAUGAGAUACGACAGUUGCUACCUCAUCAUCCUCUAGCAGUUUAUCAUGUUUCUGGUGAAUAUGCAAUGCUAAAACAUGCCGCAAAUGCUGGAGCUAUCGAUUUAAAGCAAGCCGCCUUAGAAUUGAUGACUGCAUUCCGUCGUGCGGGUGCAUCAAUUAUCAUAACAUAUUUAACACCGUACCUGCUGGAACUUGAUUUGUCUGAAUCAUGUAAAUAG